AUGAAAGACGGAAAAUCAUAUGGACGAUUCUUCCGCGCUGCGCAGUUUGUGGCGAGUUACACCAAGCAUAAGAAGCUGACCCUCGACAAAGCGGGAGACUCGGAUAACUUGGAAAUCGUCACACCCGCACGACAGGCUUUUAAAUCGUUGACAACAGACCUCAAAAAAUGGGAGGACUCCGAUUACACAGGAGUAAGGGCUGCUGGCCUGCUCCGAGCAAUAACGUCCAAGGCACGGAAGAGAGCAGGCAAAACAAACAUAGCACUGGACCUGAACACCUCAGACGAUCUAGCUAAACGCGUCAGAAGCAAAGUAACCAAGGCGGCACGCAUGCACACCAGGAAGAUAGUGCCGACUACCAUUGCGACAGACCUUCAGCUCAAGGGCAUCAAGCUGGCCAAGGCAACGCAAUCAACCUUAUACAAGCACAUCAGGAACGAGAAAAACAGUAAAUACACCGGACGCAGGAGGACAGUGAAAGUCCUGAGCAGCAUAACUGAAUAUAUGGAGCGCAUCUGGAAACUCAAAGUGUCACCCAAGGAUAUUUGGAAGGCAACAAGACACAAGGACUUGAGCAGAACAACAAGAUAUUUCCUCUGGAUGACCAUGCACGACGCAUAUAGUAUGAUAGGAGAGAACUGGACGAGGACAUCAUACAACGAGGAACUGAGAGAGGGGGGAGUGCAAGAAAUGCAAACACGACGGAAACCAUGCACCACAUACUCUUUGAUUGCACCUCACCCGGACAAGACACAACAUGGGAAUUGA